AUGGUUGCAAUAGAGUUUAAAAUGUCUGAGAGCGGGCGAGAAAGGCCUACCUCGAACCCAAAACUUCAGUUUUUCGUCUACCUUCUUGGAUUCGCCGCCAUCAUCGGCGGAUUCCUUUUCGGAUAUGAUACUAGCGUCGUCUCCGCUGCUAUGCUCUAUGUUCCCGAAUCGCCGGGUCUCAAACCGAUGGGUACGGUAUGGCAGGAAAUCAUUGUUAGUAUAACGCCGGGAAUGGCUGCCGUUGGCGCGUUGUUCUCCGGCACUGGAUCUGAUCGCUAUGGAAGAAGGACCAUCAUUAUCGGAUCCACAAUCAUCUUUAUUAUUGGAGCUGUCGUCUGCGCGAUUGCCUGGACCAAAGUUAUUAUGCUCAUCGGUCGCAUCUUCCUUGGAGUCGGAAUCGGAUUCGCUUCAAUGGUUGUUCCGGUCUACUUGGGAGAAGCUUCUCCAACGCACGUCAGAGGAAUCUUGGUGUCCGCGUUCGCCAUGAUGAUCAGCUUCGGACAAGUCGUUGCGAAUGUGAUGGGAGGAAUCUUCAGCUACGCGUCGCCCUACACUGUUGGAUGGCGAUUGAUGUUCGCGUUCGCCGCCGUGCCAGCCGUCAUUCAAUUCGUCUGCUUCAUCUUUUUGCCAGAGACCCCAAGAUGGCUCUACGAGCACGGACACGUUGAUCAAGCGCACGAGGUCCUCAAGAAAAUCUACAGUGGCAACGAGGAAUGGGUCGAGUUCGAACUCGCUGAGAUCAAGAGCUACGCCGAGGAGAGAAAGAAGCAAAUGGAAGAGGAAAAGAAAUCCGGACCGGUGAUUUGGAGAAUUCUCAGAACCCCGCAUGUCUUGAAGGCGUGCUUCAUUGGUAGUAUGCUUCAAGCGUUCCAGCAGCUCGCAGGAAUCAACACGAUUCUCUACUACACCGCCGAUAUUAUCAGAUCAGCGGGAAUCGAAAACUACCACACUGUUAUUUGGAUCUCAGUGAUCCUCUCCAUCUGCAAUCUCAUCGGCCCAUUCGUGCCGAUGACGAUGAUCGAGAAAUUCGGACGUCGCAAGCUUUUCCUUUUCUCGUGCGCCGGUGUCGUUAUCUCGUUGGUUCUCAUCGGCGUCUCUUUCCUCCUCGUCGGAAAUGAUUCCGCUCCAAACUUCUCCAUCGCUGAAUAUCAUCUUGCUGGAAACUAUGAUCCAAAGGCACAUGACGCGGAUUUCUGCCUUCAGCAAUUAAAUUGCGACGCCUGCGUGACUUCCGAAGCUUGCGGUUUCUGCGAGGACUCUGAAACCCGCACCGGCUUCUGCCUUCCGGUCAAUCCAACCGACGUCACUGGCGCUUCAAGCACCGGCAUCUGCCAAAAGGGAUUCAAUUCGACUUUCGGAAACGGCACCAAUGUGUACGAGUGGCAAAAGCAUCAUUGCACCACAAGUUUCACCAUCCUCCCAAUUGUCAUGAUGGGUGUCUAUCUGCUCACCUUCUCCUCAGGAUUCACUUCUCUUCCAUGGGUUCUCAACUCCGAGUUCUACCCAAUGUGGGCUAGAAGCACAUGUGUAUCAAUUUCAACACUUUCCAACUGGGUAUUCAACUUGAUCAUCGCUUUAACCUACCUUUCUCUAACUCACGCUAUUACCAAAUACGGAGCUUUCUGGCUGUACGCUGUGUUCACGGCAAUUGCAUUUGUGUUCAUCUAUUUCCUCGUUCCGGAGACGACGGGCUACUCGAUCGAUGAGGUCGAGAUGUUGUUCAUGAGCCACAAGAAGCGGAAUCUCGCGCAAGCCGCUCGUCAGGAGAGGUUCGAAGCAAAGAAAUCGAGCUUCGCCUCGUCCAACUCGACAAGGACUGUGUCGGUCUCCGAGAACGCCAUCUAA